GUAAUUGUGGAAAAAGCACCCAAAGCCAGAGUACCCGACCUAGACAAAAGGAAGUACCUUGUGCCUUCUGACCUCACAGUUGGCCAAUUCUACUUCUUAAUCCGAAAGCGGAUCCACCUGAGGCCAGAAGAUGCCCUGUUCUUCUUUGUCAACAACACCAUCCCUCCCACCAGUGCGACCAUGGGCCAGCUGUACGAGGAUAACCACGAGGAGGACUAUUUUCUCUAUGUGGCCUACAGCGAUGAGAGCGUCUACGGCAAGUGA